AUGAUAAAAGGUGGAUUCUCGUCAGAUAUUGCGCCACUGUAUACAUUCUUGAUAGUUUGUCCGGAUUUAACGACUUUCCCAUGGGAAGUAGUUCCGAUAUUCGGCGACAGCCCUUAUGUAGCUCGUAUUCCGUCAGUACACGCUCUAUUCCAAACACUUCGCAAAAGCACUCAGGUGCCGGUUGAAGUGAAUGUUCACAAUGCGUUUUAUGUGCUUGACCCUGACAAUAACUUGGGCGACACAAGAAGACGUAUAACGGAUUACGUGUCCAAGUUUGGCUGGGAAGGAGUUGUAGGCAAGAUUCCUUCGAUAACCGAAGUAACCGAUGCUUUGUCGCAGAGGGAUGUGUUUUUGUGA